GAUGACUGUAGGCAUCACUGUAGCUUUCUUAAGUUAUGGACGCGACUGCUCCGACACAUGUGAAGUACGCUGGAAAGGUGGAGGAAGAUUUACUCGAAGGCAACCUGACGGUGAAUGUAGGAGGAUCCGGUGAAGCAUGGGGCUCCUGCCCGAAGCUCCUGCGGGGCUUCAUCACACCGGAGUACCGACAUGAGCUGGUUCAACUCUGCAAACUAGCGGGACCAGUGGUCAUUUCCCAGUUGAUGGUUUUCAUGAUCAGUUUCGUCAGCACAGUGUUUUGUGGUCACAUGGGGAAAACUGAACUUGCAGGAGUAGCAUUAGCAAUUGCGGUGGUUAAUGUCACCGGUGUAUCCAUUGGAUGUGGUUUGUCGUUAACUUGUGAUACCCUCAUAUCUCAGACGUAUGGGAGCGGUAACUUGAAGCGUGUAGGUGUGAUUCUCCAGAGGGGGGUUUUGAUUCUGCUGUUGGCCUGUUUCCCUUGCUGGGCCGUCCUCAUCAACACUGAACCUCUCCUCCUUGCUGUCAGACAGAGCCCAGAGGUCGCGAGCCUUUCACAGAUGUAUGUGAAGAUCUUCAUGCCUGCUCUACCGGCAGCGUUUAUGUACCAGCUACAAGGGAGAUACCUUCAAAAUCAGGGAAUCAUAUGGCCUCAGGUUAUAACUGGAGUGGUUGUAAAUAUCGUCAAUGCUGUCAUCAACUACAUUUUCCUCUAUAUUCUGGAUUUGGGUGUUGCUGGAUCUGCAGCGGCCAAUUCCAUCUCUCAGUAUUUGUUGGCUGUGUUCUUGUACAUUUACAUCUGCUGGAGGGGUCUGCACAAGGUCACGUGGGGAGGUUGGUCACUGGACUGUCUGCAGGAGUGGGGACCCUUCAUGCAGUUGGCCAUUCCCAGUAUGCUCAUGCUGUGUCUGGAGUGGUGGAUGUUUGAGUUGGGAGGUUUCCUGGCCGGACUGAUUAGUGACACUGAGCUGGGAGCUCAGUCCAUAGCAUAUGAGCUAGCUGUUUUAGCUUACAUGUUCCCAAUGGGAUUCUCUGCAGCUGCCAGUGUUCGAGUGGGGAACGCUCUUGGUGCAGGAAACAUAGAACAGGCCAAGUUAUCAUCCAAAAUCCCCAUCAUCUGUGCAUUCUUAAUUGCAUGUGUUGUUGGAGGUAGUCUCAGCAUCGCCAGAAAUGUCAUUGGAUACAUUUUCACCUCAGAGCAAGACAUUUUGCAGAGGGUUGCUGACGUCAUGAUUAUAUUUUGUUUCAUGCAUAUUUUUGAUGCCACUGCGGGUGUGGCUGGAGGAGUUCUUAGAGGAGUAGGUAAACCAUUGGUUGGUGCUCUGUGUAACCUGGUGGGAUACUACAUCAUUGGCUUCCCCAUUGGUGUGUCCCUUAUGUUUGCAGCAAAAAUGGGGAUUGUAGGACUAUGGACAGGAACUACCAUUUGCGUGCUAAUGCAGUCAGUUUUCUUCUUGGUAUUUUUGUACAAACUUGAUUGGAAGAGGGCUGCUGAAGAGGCUCGUGUGAGAGCAGGAGUCCAGAUCAAAGACGAAAGAAACAUGGUCACGAUUGAAAAUAAAGACCCGAAUCACAACCAGGCCCAGGUCAGCACAACUACGACAGUGGGAAAUGUUCUCUCAGUAACACAACUGGUUUUACGACGGGGACUGGCACUGCUAGUUAUGGUUGUCAUCCUCAUCGCUGGAAUCAUCGCCAGCACCUUCCUCAAUAGGCUGCUGAAAUGAGUCUGUGGAUGAUGCAGGACUGGCAAUUACAAUAAUGGUUGCCUGGUUUGAUAGCAUAAACACAUUAUUUUAUUUUGACACAGAAUUACUUUAAAGUGUGAAAGGGUGUCAUGUGGACACUGACAUAAAGCAAAGAGCUGCAGUGACAGUUCUUCUGGAAGUUUCUUGGAAGAGCUGUGGUGGUCCAAAAAUUCUUCAGUUGAGACUUGUGAAGGCUAUUUUGCUCUUGGUAACCUUGAAGGUAGCAUAAUUAUUUUAGCCUUUCCAGGUCUAUGCCAAUCCUGUAUCUGAGCUCUUAAGACAGCUACUUCGACCUCGUGUUUUUUGCUCUUUUAUGCUCAUGAGUCCAUUUCCACAUCAUGUCCAAUAUGUGGACUCGAUACCAGGUGUACAAACAUCUCCUAUAUCAACAUGAAUGGGAGGUACCUGAGGUAAGUGUCAAAUGUUGUAAAAAUGGGUCUGAAUACUAAAUGAGAUUUUGACAAACGAGGCAUAUAGGCUGCAAAAAACAGAAAAUUGUGUGAAUACUUGUAAGACUCAGCAAUCACUGAACAAUUAGUCUAUCAUUCAAAAUGUACUUUGUAACCCUUUUUUGUCACCUAAAGGUUGUUGUUGCUGGUUCAGAACAGUGUCAGCAUGCAAUCAUUUUGUUUCCUGAGCAGAAAUCGAAAAAAACCCAAUUGGUCAUGUGGUGUCUUUUGGCUUUGUCAGGGAAAUAUACCACCUCCUGGUGACGUUUGUUUUAGUCAGUCAUGGAUAUGGAGUACAUAUGGAUGAUAUUGUUUUCCUUUUCAGGAAUCACUUUCUUGUGUUUAGUAUGGACAUCAAUUGCAAAUUAAUUUAGUGUUCUGUCUAUAUAUUCAUUUUAUCAAUACAUCCACAUCUCUGAAAAAAUUAGGAGUUUUUAUUGCCAAAUACCGAAGACUAAAAUAAAAUAAGUGAUUACCAAAGAUGGUAUGUACUGUAAGCAUUACACUGAAAUU